GUAGUACUGUAGUAUUAGUAGAAGUAACCUAGUAGUAGUUUAAUCCCUGGUUAGUCUACACUGUCAUGUACAAUCACUGAAAAAUCCCUGGAUUAAGCACACUGCCGCUUUAAGAGUGCUCGUCCCCCUGUGGCAUUUAAACGUUUUCAGAAUCGUCGUUGCAGAUGUGUCACACUUCAUGCCUGGCUCGCGCUUCAAUUUAGUUUACAUUCACCGCACACGCACCGAUACACACACGUUAUUAGGGCAUUGUAUUAGGAGCAGGGCAAUGGCUUCAGUGAGUGUGGUAGGACCAAGACAGCAUCGUCCUAGCCCAGACCAGGAGUUUUUCUUUAAGGAAAUAACGGUCACCGGGAAGAAGAAAAUAACGUUACCGAGGAAAUACUCCCUGGAGAAUAUGGUGACCAGGAAGAUAUCGGUGAAGCGGGAGUGCGGUUCGGUGUCGGUCUUAUCAGCAGUCACAGCAACUCCGCUAAACCCGUCCCUGACCCCGGCACACCAAAGAGCAGCAGCCGAGGUAGGAGGGGGGAAUCCCGGGGUGAGAAGUGGGGCUCAGCCGGGGCUGGUGCCACGUAGCUUCGACAGAGAACGCGACAGCAGCAGGCCUGAUUGUGGGCACACGGAGAGAGACACGACGGCGGCGAGGGAGGACACUGGUCAAUGCGGACGGAGGGCAAGCGGCAAUGACUAUGCCGAUGACGGAGGGAGUUCACUGAAGACCGUCACAAAUGUUCGGUCAAGCACAUCGGCCAACGAACAGAUAGCAGAUGCCAAGUGUGACAGAUCAAGCGCGCCCACAAACGGACACACUGGCGCACACUCACAUCGGGACCGGCCAGUCAGGAUGCGCGCAUCCCACAGCCUCCCUGGUGAGACCACCGGGCCGGGUACCAAAGGGGACACCGGGGGGCCACCGAUGGAGCGGUUGACACAGGGAAGGACAGGGGUCGUUAAACUCGCGCGCACAGAACCACACCGGAAGGAGGCCUGGUCAAUAUUUGCCUCCCAGGAGCAGGAGGACCCGCGCGUGCGUGCGGAGACAGGGGAGGGCCACCUGUUCUGGACCAGAACAGUUACUCAGGACUGGUGCGACGUUUGUAACCAGCCAAUCAACGCCCAGCAGGCGCUCAAGUGUAAAAACUGCAGCUACACCUGUCACCUGGAGUGUGAGGGGCGGGUCCAGCUGGACUGCAACCAGAGAGACAGCAACCCACAGGAAACUCCAUCUCCCAGAAGACACUGCUCCACGCCUCCUCAGUACAAGCAGAAUGAGGUCAAAGAGGAACAGGAGGGAGGACCCAAGGCUCUGUCAGAGAAAGAGGUGCGUGCCAGGAUAGAGGACUACAACUCUAACGUCUCAGAGAAUGGCAUGAAACUGGCUGCUGAUGGUUUGUACACUGGCUUCAUUAAGGUCCACCUCAGGCUGAGUCGGCCAGUCACGGUGCUUGCUGUGGAGGGUGCGGGAUUAGAGGAACUGUCAGGCAAGCCAGACAGACGCGGUCGACCAAUGACGGUGUCAGAGGGCCAGGAGGGAGAGGGAGCGGGGUUGAGUGACAAGCGGACGUCGUUCUACCUUCCCAGUGACUGUGUGAAGCAACUCCACAUCAGUAGUACUACCACAGUCAGGGAGGUCAUACAGGGCCUGCUGAAGAAGUUUAUGGUGCUGGAUAACCCACGCAAGUUUGCCCUGUACAGACAGACACACCGCGAUGGACAGGAUCUGUUCCAGAAACUUCCUCUGGUGGAGUGUCCUCUCUGUCUGAGACUGGUGGCAGGGCCAGACCCUGAGCUGCUCAGCUUUGUCCUCAAGGAGAAUGAGACCGGAGAGGUGGAGUGGCAUGCGUUUUCAGUUCCUGAGCUGCAGAACUUCCUGGUGAUUCUGGAGAAGGAGGAGACUGAGCGUGUGCGAUUGGUGGAGCAGAGAUUCACAGCUUACCGACAGAGAUUGCAGAAGGCACUAUGCGAGCAUCAACCCUGAUCCCUCACCCUUGAUCCCUCAUCCCUAAUCUCUCACCCUGACCCUUCAACCCUCACCCUUCUGUUGACCCAGGGAGAGACAGGAGACCACUGAAGCUCACAGACUACUAUUCUCCCCUCAUUACACAGUCAGCCCCCCUACAUCCCUCCUCCUCACCCCCCUUGAGAAGAGAGGAGGGCUUGAGAAAGCAUGGAAAGGGAAAAGGGGACUGAUUAAAGGGCGAGUGGGCAGGAUUCUGGAACAUAAUCAGUGUUUCCCUGGGAGGUGAAAGACACGAUGAACUGACGGACCCUCUGGGCUCAGAUAUCUCAUUUUGGUCUGACAAUGUGACCUGAUGGGCCUCCUAAUGUUACAUUGAAUCUCAGUUUGGUCUGAUUAUGUUUUUAAGAUUAUACUGCUGCUGCUGCUACUGCAAGUGUUACUUAGUUACUUCCUGAUGUAUUUACUAAGGCAUGAGUCUCACCCUGGUCUAUCUGCCCCAGCGCCCCUGCAUAAAGAUUCAGAUGGACUACAACAGACAUUACCAUUCAAAACAACGCUCCAUGGUGGAUGGAUCAUUUGGAAUGUUCCAUUACUUGAUGUUUACGAUAUCAACUCUCAGGUUGUCCCUGCAUGCCUUCUGUCCAGGGUCGAGGGUAGGUUAGAAGGGUAGGAGACGGGUGGGUAUGCUUGGGAUGGGAAGUGGGGUUGAGAUGCUGGGGUAAAGCUAUGUUCGUCUUCAUCUUCAGACUCCUCUCAUAUCAGUCCCAGGGAUGUCCCAGGGAUGUACACCAGUGUUUCUCAUAGAACUGCUCUGCUGAGCUAUCCUAAUUUAUUUAUCCAGCGCUGAAAUAAGCCCUCUAUCUCAGGCGGCUAACUUUCACUUAAUCCUACAUCUCCAUCUACCUGGGUAACCAUGCUAGUGUGGGAGGUGUUGUGCAGAUAGACGUAUAUACAAUAGAUAAUCUACAUCUACCUGGGUAACCAUGCUAGCGUGGGAGGUGUUGUGCAGAUAGACGUAUAUACAAUAGAUAAUCUCCAUCUACCUGGGUAACCAUGCUAGCGUGGGAGGUGUUGUGCAGAUAGACGUAUAUACAAUAGAUAAUCUCCAUCUACCUGGGUAACCAUGCUAGCGUGGGAGGUGUUGUGCAGAUAGACGUAUAUACAAUAGAUAAUCUCCAUCUACCUGGGUAACCAUGCUAGUGUGGGAGGUGUUGUGCAGAUAGAUGGGUAUAUCAUAAAUAGAUGCUAUUCCCAUAGACACUAGUCUCUUCAGAUAGCCAUUGAAUACCCUGACUACAUUCACAUAAACAGAGACAUAUGUCUUCUGUACCUGUUAUUCAUUCACCCAUCCUACAGAAGCUAUGUCUUCUGUACCUGUUAUUCAUUCACCCAUCCUACAGAAGCUAUGUCUUCUGUACCUGUUAUUCAUUCACCCAUCCUACAGAAGCUAUGUCUUCUGUACCUGUUAUUCAUUCACCCAUCCUACAGAAGCAUACCGUAUGUAUACAAUCAGUAGAUUCCUUCAUUGCAUGAAUCGUCUGCUGGAGUUUAAAGCAUUUACAAACAGUUGAUGUUUUGACUCUUCAUAUACUCUUCACCCUUCCCUCAUCAAUAAACUCUGACCUUUAUCCCCUGAACCCUAACCUGGAAAUGUACAUUUCUCCUGAUGGGAGACUGCUUUGCUGCUGUUCCCAGUGUCUGUGGAGAAGGUAUGCAGCUGUAGCUACUGUUGUUAGAGGCCUGUUAGAGCCAGCCACUCUGUGCUGCUGUGACGGGCCCCUGAAGCCCUGCUACUGAGCCGACUGUUACAGGACCGAGUGAAUGAGGAACUGAUGCUCAAACACUGAUUGAGGAUCAAAAUGUCAUCUGCCAGUAGUUGUUCCUGGUCAGUUCAUGUAGUUAGGAAAAACUCCUGUUCCUAUAGUUCAUUGAGCUGACAAACCCCAUUCUGGUGAUCACACCAAAGUUAAGAGGGACAGGGGCCGUGGGAUAUGCCUGACUGAAAAGAUGACGUAUUGUAAGAAAAUACUUUUUGCACACUAAUUCUGGCCACAGAUUGGUCUGCCAGUCUGUAUAGUAUCCUAGAGAAGGAGCAUGAAAUUUGUGAUUUUUUCAUUCAUUUUUUAAGGGAAAUUGAUCAUACAAUUAAUGUUUAUCGGAGUGUGAUGCAUAUGUAUAUAUGUAAACAUUGGAGGACAAAUUAUUAUUGUUGAUUAUAACUAUUGUUAGUUGAAUUGGUGUGUGCGUCUGGGCUGAAGAUAAAGGUAUAAAUGUUAUAUGAUAGUUCAUAUCUAUGUAUUCCAGUCAGUCUCUCUCCUCGUCCAAAAGCACAUGCAUUCCUGAUGCUGAGUCCCUUCAUCAAGCCUGUUUUAUUCCUGCCCUCACAGGGCUUAUAGAAGCCACACAAACAGAUCUGAGACCAGACUACAUGUCAACGAUGGAAACCAUAAGAUUGUGUGUGUGUGUGUGUGUGUGUGUCUUUGUGUGCUUACAUCUGCGUGUGUGUUAUUUAUUUUAUGGUUCACCCCCUUCGGCUUGGUGUUAAGUGUCAGAGGAUGUGGGCAAUCAAUGCUUUCCAAUAAUCUCUUAGUUUGGUUUAUCCGAAUAAUCAGAUGUGUAUAUAGAUAUCUGUAAAGAAAAUGAAGAAUUAAAUAAAUGUCAUCCUUUAA